AUGGAGGAAACAGAUGAAUAUUAUAAUCCAAAAAAAUUGAAAGAAAAGAAAACCCGUCGAAUUAAAAAGGCACCAUUAAAGUUUGAAAAUCAUUCAUCAACUCCUACAUGUUUCGAUAUUUUAAAAAAAACGAAAAAACGUCCAAAAAUUGAAAAUGAAGAAGACGAUGAUAAAGAGGACGCAAUGUUACUUGAAUUGAUUCAUAAACAUGGGUUUAAAGCUAGUAUCAUUAGAGAAGAAAUGGGAAGGAAGCGCGGGUUAUCUUCUUAUACUUCACGAUGGGAAGUAUUAAAGAAAAAAGCUCUCACUUAA